AUGAUGAGAUUAAAUAUAACGAGAUUGAGUAAAAGAAUUAAUAUGAAACCUCCAUCAGAAAAUGAUUUCAGUACUUUACUAAUUGCUAAAAAUACUCCAAUCCAUUAACUUUCAAUAUGUAAAAUUAAUAAAUUAAUCAAUUAGCAUCUCGUUCAUCUAAACAUUCUUAAUUUGUUAGAAGAUUACCAACUAAUUAAAAUUAGUAAUCAUACUAACUGACUAGUAGAACAAUAUCAGUUCAGGAUACACAUUUAAAUGGAGAGCCUUUAAGAGAAAAACAAAUUUCAAUAAACAAUAUAUCAAAUAAAAAGAAAUCUUCAAGAAGAUUAAUUGGUUUAUAAACUCAACCUAGUUUAAUCAUGUAAGAAUAAAAUAUUAAAAAGUAAACCAAAGUUUGUAGAUAUUAAAUAUGAGAUCAUUGAUAUCUAUUAACUAUAAAUAGCAGAACCUAAGAUAUUAUUUAAAGGUAAUAGGGAUACAUCUCAACUUUAAAAUAUUGUAAUAAUUGGCGAAUCUAUUUCUCUUAAUAAAUAGUUAAUUCAAAAAAUCAAAUCUGAAUGUAUUCUAGUCUUACUAACUAACAAUUAAUCAUAAAUAGACCAAUAGUAUGAUUGUAUUAUUUAAUCACCCCAUAUAUGUCCAAAUGAUUUUUUAAGCUAUUAAAGAAAUAUGAAUCAGAUUUGGAUAAAUGUAAGUCAUUUGAUUCAAACAUUCAAAUAGCCAGAAUAAAUUUUAAUGAUAGAUGAAAUUGUUAAUGAAAAUAAUUCUUUUAGUAUUGAGGAAUUAAAAAAUAAAAUAUUGUAUUAAGGCAAUUGUAAGAUGAUUCAUCUAUUUCUUUAAAAAGAUAAAAUUAAUCUAUAAAAAUUGUAUUUUGCUCUAUGUCAUAUAUUUAAGCAUGAGCAAUAGGAUUUGAUAUAGUUAAAUCUCAAAAAGACACUACAAGAAUGUUCUGAAAAUUGUCUAUAAAUAUAAGCUAAAUUAACAUACCUUUAGAAAGUGAUUGAUAUAAAGAGCAGAUUGAAAUAGCAAUUUAAAGAGGAGCAAAUUUAAAUAGACUCUCCUGAAGAUAGAGCUGAAAAGUAUAUAAUAAUAAAUAAAUUAGUCUAAGAGACUGUGUAAUAGAAUAUAUAAAGAGUCGUUCGACAAAUAAAAUAAUUGGAAUGCAUUAUAUAGUUGGAGAUCAAAUAAUGAGAAACAUAAGAUUUUUUCGUAAUAGAUAGGAAGAUAAAUAUUUCACUGAAAAAAAACAUUAAGAGACUCUCUAGAUAUUAUAAAAUACACUUCCACCUAUAAAACAUGCUGUUAUUUGUUAAUAAUAAUAUGCAUUUUAUUUACUAUGA